AUGUUCGGGCAUAAGGUGGAUUGGUUGGAGAAAAAGCUAGAGGAAGUAAAGGAAAAGAAGAAGGAAGAGCAGAUUGGUGUGGCUCGGAUGCAAGAAGUAGAAGAAACAUUGACGAAGUGUUCAGACGUAAAAGCUCUUCUAGAGAAAGAGGAGGCAAAGGUGUUGGCUGUCAGAGCUCCUGCUCUAACGUUGGAUGAUGCUCUCUGA